AUGAAUGACCCUUUCACUGUGGCAGUGACACUCGUCACAUUAACCACUAUCACAAGCCUCUCCGGGCGAAUCCUCCUCUAUGCCCUCCUCACAUCGCUGACGUUGAAAUUCCUACACAACCAGCUCCAGAAAUGGAACCUCAUCGUCGACAAACGCAUCCAAGCCCGCGCCACACAGCUGACCGAACACCGUCGCGCCGAUAUCCAGCUCGCCCUCUCGCUGCUUCACGUCCGGGAACCAGACACCGACCAGAUGGAGGAGAUGCGAUGCUCUGCCCUCGGAUCUGGACAGAAGAGUCUCGUCGAGAUUGCAGAGUGGAUACGAGAUUACUUCACUCAAAGUCAAGACCACGACGGAAAUCAGCCUCGCAACCAAACCCCGCGCGUGGUUUCCUCUGCGUCCAUCUCCACGGCCGAGUCCGGGGCCGCUAGUAUCUUUUCUUUCAGACAGGAUUAUGCCGAGGAGGAUACCAUGGAGCAUGGUGAUGUGAUCAAGGAUGAGCAGAUAAAGGCCCAUAUGAAUACUACCUCUGAUACCACCGAGGCGAUCAUGGAUGGCGCCAAGUUUAAGGUGGGGGGGGAUACGCCGAUGGUGGCAGUGGCUGCUUGA